AUGACCGCAACGAAAUCUCGUGAAGGAGAGCACCAACAGCCAGAAACACAGGCGCGUCCUCUGUACUUUGCCUACGGCUCCAACUUAUCGGCCACACAAAUGCGGCAGCGUUGUACACACGCGCCUGAUCACUCGGCAACUCCCCUAGCGCUCGCUAGACUUGAUGGUUGGAAAUGGAUCAUCUGUAAUCGAGGCUACGCCAAUGUCAUUCCACCUGCUAAGUACCGAUUUGGCCGUAUGGAACAGGAGUGGGGACAUUCGACAGAAGACGGUGUAGUAUAUGGCAUACUAUACGAUCUAAGCUCUAAAGACGAGUGCUUGCUUGAUGGUUAUGAAGGUGUGGACCAGCAGGCAACUGCUGGUCAAGGCCAGGUCAGUCGAUCUAUGAGGCCGCGAGAACAAGGGCGAGGGGAUUAUGCGAAAUGGUACGUACCGGCGACGGUUGGAAAGUGGUUUAUGGGGGUCGAUGGCCCAGCCACAGCGACUGUAUUGCUGUAUGUCGACGAAGAAUCUGCGCUAGAAGGUGCACCAAAUGCUGAAUACAUUCCACGGAUGAACCGAGGCAUCGAAGAAGCAACAGCGCUAGGCCUCCCUGUUGCAUGGACCGACACUGUCAUAAGAAAGUUCAUACCAACCACCUAG